AUGUCGGGGCGGGCUAGGUCCGACUCCCUGGAGCAGCAUGAGCUCCGACCGGUUGCGAUGCAUAUCGACAGUCGAAUCGGUGCCUGUCGUCGAGAGGUACCGCCUCCAAGCGCUCCAGCGCGUACUAUGUAUACCGGCCUGCAAGCAUGGCACGAGUUGACGCUAAGAAGGGUUCUCGCUGUAAUGCUGUGGACGUUUAAACUGUCUCAGUUUGUCCGAGAUCUGAGACUUGAAAGCACUGAGGCGACGGUAGGUAUCCCAACGUCGUCCCUCAAGGGCAAGGUUCCUAACAACGAGUCGAGCAUCAGAAAAGGCCCCCACCUCUACCUCAAAAACUCAUGCUCCUCCUAUUUCCUCGCUCAAAUCAAUGUGGGCACAAGACGUUUGACAGACUUCGUCGCCGAUAUCAAGAGACCUAACAGCAGGCUCGCGGAGCACGUUCGACGUCUCUGCAUUCGUUAUGAACCAUCCUUUGAGGAGUGCUUGUGCGACGCUGGUUUCGGAAAUCCCUCACGUCUUCCCUUCCCGGAGCACUAUACCAUGGAUAUCUCGGAGCUCCUUUGCGCAAUCCACGAGAUGGCGCCGCGGCUGAGCCUGUUCUCCCUCUAUGAUCUCCAGGGACAAAAUAGGUACUUGCGCGUCCGCAGUGACGACACCCUCCCCUCAUCACGACACGCCCUCUGCUUUGACGGAGAGGUGAGACUGACAGGGCUCAAUACCGAGUCUGCCCUCUUCUUCCUACAAGAGUGCAAAUAUGUCAAGACGCUGAAGAUCGACGGAUGCAGCGUACCCGUAUUGUCGACCAUCAAGGGGACCAGAGACCUCCAGGUCGGCGCGCUCAGUGUCAGGAGAUAUGGCGUUCCUGAAGCAUCUGGCACCGCUCUUGGUGGGACCCUCGCGUCUGGAGGAGAUUGAGGCUGUGUUUAUUGCAGGAUAUCCCACAGCCAAUCUUGCUUAUCUGAACGCGUUUGUGGUCUUGACGAACGAUGUGUUGCGGUCCAUACGG